AUGAGUUAUAGACGCUGCUCGAGGAAAGCUGAAGAAUAUGUUCGUCUGUUGGAUAUCCGUGGUGGAUCAAGCACCUUAUCUGCCCUGGCACUAACUGGCUCCUGUAUAUCCGUCAUCUGUAUAGAUCUUGCAGCAAGAACAAUGGGAGCCACCAUUGAUAAAAAACUUGCUGCCAAGUUUGCAGGAGUGAACAAGAAAGCCUAUAGCACUGGAUACAAGACUCUAGAACACAUGUUAGAUCUGCAGCCACACAUUUCAAUACACAGUCUGGCUGUGCAGUUUGGUUGUACUAAUGCUACUGCCCUGGCUAGACAGGUGCUUCAAAGGUAUUCCUUAGAAUUCAGUGAGAAGUUGACUGCAGCCCAGAAAGAAGACAUGGACUUUACCAGACCAGUUUUCCAGGCCGCUGCUUUAUCAGCAGCAUGCAGGCAAUUAAAAACUAAACUAGACAGAAGCAAGCUUAUGGAAGUGUCAGGAGUAAAAAAAGUAGAAUUUGACCAGCUUCAGACAGAGAUGUCCAAAUAUGCUAAUAUGAUACAAGCUGAUCAAAAAGCACCAAAGGGGAAGAGGAAUCGGUCUUUUAUAGAAGAACUAGGUCUGUCUUUUCAAGAUGAUGAUUUUGUCUCAGAUGCUAAAGUUACAAAGGUAGAAGAGGCUAAAGAAGCUGAUGACAGUGACUAUGAAGAAUGGAAGAGGAGGAUUUUGGAGGAAGCAGACAAAGCUCUUGGAAAUAGCUAAAGCCAUUUUUUCCAUGGAAAUUAUAACAAGAUUUAAAUGAAGAGUAGACAUAAGAAUGGGACAUUAUUAUAAAUGAUGGUGCUUGGGAAAUAAGUUAAUGAAAGAUUUCCCCAAAAACUUAAUAAGUUUUCUUCUUUUUUAUAAUUAUUUGAUAUUAAAAACUUGAAUAAAGAAAUUUUACAGAAAUUGCUGAAAAGUUUUUGUGGAUUGUAAACAUGCUUUAUUAACAUUUUAGUGAUAGCAGUUAUAUCAAAGUAGCACAACCAUAUUUCUGAGGUGCUGUUGUCAUAGAGUACAAAUAUGUUGUGAUUGAGACAACACAAAUACAUAACAUUGACGAAUUACAAACAAGUUAAGUGAUAUACUAGGAGCAAUGUACAUAUUUACUUGGCAAAUAACCAAUUAUUCAGGUUGCAAAAAUUUAUUUAUUGUGUGAAGUAUUGAUACUUGCAAAGUAUUGAUUAACAUCUCCACUGGCAGGAAGACUUAUUUGUACAAAAUGAUGUAUUCACAGUGCUUGAUUCGUGGAUGUUUAAAAUGUGAUAAUAUUCAACUCUGCCUAGGAAUAUCUCAAAGAAUAUUUCAAAGAUGACUGUAAAGUAUAAUACUUUUAGAGGUAUUUUGCACACAUUAGAUCAACAAAUUGAAUGCAAAGAUGUUUACAAGAAAAGCUAUUUCCACUUAAAAUUUAGACCUGUGAUUAUAUAUUUUACAUAUUAUAUAUUUUGGACAAACCUUGUAGCAAUUCUAAAGUUUAUUUGCCUGAAACUCUUGGAAGUUUAAAAAAAUCAUUGGCUUCACUUGUCCAAUAGAAAUAUUGAAAGGCAAAAAAAAAA